AUGAAUACCACAGAAAGAGAACUCCAACCUGGCUUCAGGAGGAGUCGUAUGACAUCCGUAAAAGGUCCCAGAACUAGAAGUGUUGUAACUUUUAAUCCAACAACUAUUGGUCCAGGUGAAGAGCUGUACAUUAACAUCCCCAAACUAAAGCCUGACUCUUGUUUAGUCCCCGGAUCGUUUGCACUAUUAUUUGACUUCAAAAAUUCCAAUACAAAGAGCCAUUUCAAUAACAACCUGUCUAAGUUGAUAGCUAAACGUCUUCAGAUUAAAGUAGCAGGUGAAACAGCUUAUGACUGUUCAGGAGAGAGUUUGUACGAAAUAUACAAAGAUCUAUGGCUAACACUAGGUGACAGAAAGAAGAUGACUGAACAGGGCCUUGCAAGUGAGAAUCUCAGGAAGCUGAUAUCAGGCGACGACUCAGGUGUAAAGGUAGGUGAUGUUGGUAAAGUAGCAGAUGCACUCCUCCACAGUGUGUACGGUUCUAAGCUGAGAAAACCAAUUGAUAAAAUAAUUGCAGACCAUGGACUCUACACACCGUUCUACAUGAAUAACAAUCCUAUGUACAUCCUUACUCUCCCACAAGCAGAUGAGAUUAUGACUGCCCAAGGAGGUGAACAAGUAGAUGGCUAUAAACUGGACAAUCUUGAGUUAGAAUACGAGACUAUUGAGAAUGACACCCUUGCGAGUGAAGUAUCAAGGAUGUAUUCAACGGGUCGCUCACUGUCCUACAAACACGUCACUCUUUUGCGUACAAGUAAUUGGGACAAAGAUCUUACCAUUGUCAAUGAGAACAUUAAUAUCCCCAGGAAGAGCAUGUCAGCAAUUGUCCUUCUAUUUACCAACAGAGUGAGAACUGAUAGUGAAGAAUAUAUUUACCCAAACAUUGAUAAAGUGAACCUGACCAUUGAAGGUGUGCCUAAAUGCAGUUUUCUCCCAAGGACUUCCUAAAAAUAGGUUCUUUGAAGAGGCAAAAACGAUUCUUCUGCCCUAUGUGCGAGAAAUCAAUGGCAGACGAAUUUAUGUCCAUCAGUAAGUUCUUCAGCAACGGUUUUGCUCUAGUAAUCGAUCUUAGAUCAACACAAGAUGAUACCACAGGUGGAGGUAAGAAGAUUGUUAACACACAGUCGGGAGUACUCCUGGAAAUCAAAAAGAGAGCCACAACAGCUGACGUUCAAUGCAACAUUUUUGUUGUAUCAGAUGCUCUCCUUAACUUUGCCAAUAGAGAUCUAUCAAGUAUUCAAUACUAA